AUGGCUGCUUUGAGAAGUACUAAGGGACUCGUUGCACUCGUCACAGGAGGAGCGUCUGGUCUUGGAAAAGGAACUGCUGAGGUUCUAGCAAAAGCCGGAGCUCGUGUCGCUAUUCUUGAUUUGCCACAAUCCAAAGGAGCCGAUAUCGCAAAAGAAAUUGGAGGCAUUUUCACACCAGCUUCUGUAACAAAUGAAGAUGAGAUCAAGGCAGCUUUUGCAAAAGUUCAAUCUGAGUACGGACGCCUGGAUGCUCUCGUGAAUUGCGCUGGAAUCGCCUACGCAUUCAAGCUCUACUCUGUUCAGAAAAAGAAGCACGUUGAAUUCGAUAAGAUUCGUCAAACUAUGGACGUCAAUGUUCUCGGAACAUUCAAUGUGAUUCGUCACGGUGUUGCGUUGAUGGGAGAGCACGAGAAAGAUGCCAAUGGACAGAGGGGAGUUGUCAUCAACACUGCCUCUGUAGCUGCCUUCGAUGGACAGACUGGACAGGUAUUUAAUGUCAAGAUAUUCUUAAUUUCUAUCAGUUUUCAGUCUGCUUACUCUGCUUCAAAAGGAGCUAUUGUUGGAAUGACCCUCCCAUUGGCCCGCGAUUUCGCUGGAGAUGGCAUCAGAUUCAACACCAUCGCUCCAGGACUCAUGGAUACUCCACUCCUAUCGUCUCUCCCUGAUAAGGUGAAAACAUUCCUCGCUCAGCUCAUUCCAAAUCCAUCUCGCCUUGGACACCCACAUGAAUACGGAGCUCUUGUUCAGCACAUCAUUGAGAAUCAGUAUCUGAACGGAGAAACUAUCCGAUUCGACGGAGCCCUUAGAAUGCCAGCAUAA